AUGGCCGAAGAACUGUCGGCGCCGCCUGUUCUAUCUACACCCGAUACAUAUAUAUUGGAAGAAACUCUUCCGGAGGCUGUGCGGCCAUCAGAAGCACUGUCAGACGAGCAGAUCAAGACAAGGUAUGAGAUCAAUAGAACUAUCGACGAAAUCAGGCUGCGAAAAUGGAAGCGAGUUGCGCUACAAUUCCCCGAUCAGAUGCUUGCACACUCGGCAAGAGUCUACCAACUCCUAGCCAGGGGCUUAGAAGUGCAAGCCAAAACGCUUGCUGAGGCGCAUAUGGAUGGCAAUGACAAUGGCAACUCAAAUUCAGCGGAUCCCGAUAUGUCCGGGCUCUCUAUCGAAGGCACAAAGCCAGUCAUGCUCACCAUACUAGGAGACACCUCGUAUGGCUCCUGUUGUGUGGAUGAGAUUGCUGCUGAGCACGUUGAUGCAGACGCCGUUGUUCACUACGGCAGAGCCUGCUUAUCGCCAACUGCAAGAUUGCCCGUUCUGCACAUCUUCACUACGAUGGGUCUGGAGAUGGACCAAGUAGUCACAUCUUUUCAAGCAACGUUUCCAGAUCUCCAUGCGAAAGUGGUGCUAACGGCUGAUGUCCCUUAUGCUGCGCAUGUUGUCCCUCUCUUCACGGCGCUACAAAAUCUGGGCUACUCAGAAUUGUUCGCGGCUUCUAUUAUUCACGAUCCGUCUUCGGCAAUUCCAAAUCGAACAGUACCACCUUCAAUCAUGGAGGACCCUUCGUCCCUGUCACAAUGGAAUCUAUUCCAUAUCUCCGACCCCCCUACGUCUCUGCUGUUGACACUCCAGUCACGUAUGGCCAGUAUAAAAGUCUACCCUACCGAUAUCAUUCAAUCCUCCUCAACUCCUACCACCGUUUCUUCUGCCCUGGAGACAUCUACGGCUCACCUACUCCGCCGCCGCUAUGCCCUUGUCACCUCUCUCACCACAGUUUCAGCCUGGGGGAUUCUUGUCAAUACGCUCUCUGUCAAGAACUACCUGUCGAUUCUGUCACACAUCCAAUCGCUAAUCUCCGCCGCGGGCAAAAAGUCGUACCUCUUUGUUGUUGGGAAGCUCAACCCUGCAAAACUGGCCAAUUUCUCAGAAAUUGGAGGGUGGGUGGUUAUAGGAUGUUGGGAAAGUUCUUUGAUUGACAGCCGGGAAUUCUACCGACCAAUUAUUACACCUUUCGAGUUGGAGAUGGUUUUAACAGGAGAUGAUCAGAGAGUGUGGACGGGGCAAUGGAGGGGAGAUUUUCAAGGAGUAUUGGAGGAUGCCGAGAGACGGGAGCUGAAUGGAGAGGGACAGGUUGGAACGUCGAACGAAAAUGCCGAUGCGAACGAGGACCAGGAAGGCGAAGUUAACCCGGAUUCGGAGUCAGAAUCUGAGCCGCCCGAGUUUGAUCUCCGGACAGGCAAAUAUGUCUCACGAACCCGACCGAUGCAGAGAUCUCGACAGCAAGUUGCGUCAAUGCCUACACCGACUUCUAGUGCCUAUAAUGUUUCGUCUUCCACCGCGCUGACAAGACGAUCAAACGGCACCAUGGUCACGGUCAACGGUGUUGCCUCCCCCGCCGCCGAAUACCUUGCACAAAAACGCUCUUGGCGUGGUUUGGGUAGCGAUUUCGAGGUCAAAUACGAGGAAGAUGAGGCAGAUCUGGGCAGUGUCAUUGAGGAAGGCAGGACUGGUGUUGCGAGAGGGUACACAGUAGGGGAAGAGGUAGAGAUGACUUGA